AUGGCGCCUACUAUCGACGCCAUCGAUAAGUCGAAGAAACGCAAGAGAAAGCACGGUAAACUCUCGAGCACAGCAGCGGUGGCCCAGCCUGCACCAUCAGACACGAGCGAAAAAGUUGUUCCCUCGAAAGCACAGCCCGCAGAGAAGAGCCAAAAGAGGCGGAAAACAUCUCAUACUAGUGACGAAGAGAACGGCUCCGAUGAGGAGGGUGUCUCAAAACCGGUCUCCCGUGCCGCCAAAGAAGAUAGCUCGAGCGACGAGGAGGAGGAGAGAGGGAACGAUUCUGUCAGCGACAACAAUGAUGAUGAUGCCGGCGCUGAACUUGAAGAAACGGUGAAUACAGCAAACGGCAAAAAUGAGGUCACUACCACCAACGGUCAUUCAACAGACCUUCCCACCGAUACGGUCCCCUCAUUGCCCGGCACGGACGCCACGCCGCAAAAGUUCUCCGAACUAGCCCUUUCCGAGAGAACAAUGCAAGCGAUCGCCGAAAUGAAAUUCGAAACAAUGACCGAGAUCCAGCGCCGCGGCAUACCGCCGCUGAUGGCCGGCCGGGACGUGCUGGGUGCCGCAAAGACAGGAUCGGGGAAGACUCUAGCGUUUCUGAUCCCAGCCGUGGAAAUGCUGCACGCACUGCGCUUCAAGCCGCGCAACGGCACCGGUGUGAUCGUGGUAUCCCCGACUCGAGAACUUGCGCUGCAGAUCUUCGGUGUGGCGCGAGACCUGAUGCAAUUCCACAGCCAGACGUUCGGCAUAGUGAUUGGCGGGGCCAACCGCAGCGCCGAAGCCGACAAACUGACCAAGGGCGUGAACCUGCUGAUCGCGACGCCCGGACGCCUGCUAGACCACCUCCAAAACACCAAGGGCUUCAUCUACAAAAACGUCAAGGCGCUGGUGAUCGACGAGGCGGACCGGAUCCUCGAAGUCGGCUUCGAAGACGAAAUGCGGCAGAUCGUCAAGAUCCUGCCCAAGGAGAAUCGACAGACGAUGUUGUUUUCCGCGACGCAGACGACCAAAGUCGAGGAUCUGGCGCGCAUCUCGUUGCGCCCGGGCCCGCUGUACAUCAACGUCGACCACAAGAAGGAGCACAGCACCGUCGAGGGCCUGGAGCAGGGCUACGUGAUCUGCGACAGCGACAAGCGGUUCCUGCUGCUCUUCAGUUUCCUGAAGCGCAACUUGAAGAAGAAGGUCAUCGUCUUCAUGUCUUCGUGCAAUUGUGUCAAAUACCAUGCCGAGCUGCUCAACUAUAUCGACCUGCCUGUCCUCGAACUGCACGGCAAUCUCAAACAGCAGAAGCGCACCAACACCUUUUUCGAGUUCUGUAAUGCCAAAGCCGGCAUCUUGGUCUGUACCGACGUCGCAGCGAGAGGACUGGAUAUCCCUGCGGUCGAUUGGAUCGUGCAGUUCGAUCCGCCUGAUGACCCGAGAGAUUAUAUUCAUCGGGUGGGCCGGACGGCGAGAGGCUCGAACGGCAAAGGCCGGAGUCUGUUGUUCUUGCAGCCCAAUGAGGUCGGCUUCCUCAGUCAUCUGAAGGAGGCUAGGGUGCCUGUGGUCGAAUUCGAUUUCCCGGCCAAGAAACUCCUUAACAUCCAGAGUCAGUUGGAGAAGUUGAUUUCGCAGAACUAUUAUCUGAACAAGUCCGCCAAGGAUGGUUACAGAUCUUACUUGCAGGCCUAUGCCUCGCACAGUCUGCGCUCCGUUUUCGACGUGAACAAGCUGGACUUGGUCAAAGUGGCCAAAAGCUUUGGAUUCGCUACUCCACCGAGAGUAGAUAUUCAGCUAGGAGCGAGCUUGCACCGGGAUAAAAAGCAGAGUGGACGAAGAAGUUAUGGAAGUCAACCGAAGCAGAACGGGCAUGGGCUUAAAUUCAAGCGGAAGCAGGGUCAUGACUGA